AUGAUGCUUUUUACAAUAGCGAUCGCGGUGUUCAGCCUGGCCCGCAGUGCCACGGCUCAGAACUUCAACAAUCCGGUCUUGUAUCAGGAUUUGGCAGAUCUCGAUGUAAUGCGGAAUGGAGACACGUUCUACUACUCUGCUAGCACAAUGCAUUUCUCCCCUGGGGCACCCAUUCUUCGCUCCUACGACCUGGUCAAUUGGGAGUACUUUUCUCAUUCGGUCCCCACACUUGACUUCGGACCGCAAGCCGCGUAUAACCUCUCGGGUUCCAGUGCCUACAACAAGGGAAUCUACGCCUCCUUCUUCAAUUACAAUCCCGUGACUAAGACUUGGUUCUGGGGUGGCUGCACUCCAGGCGACUACAAGACAUAUAUCUACACGGCGAGCGCUCCUGAAGGACCAUGGUCCAAGAAAGCUACGCUGAACUUCUGCUACUACGAUUCUGGCAUGCUCGUUGACGACGAUGGCACUAUGUAUAUCGUUUUCCUAACCGGAUGGAAUACGAAACAGGUCAUGGUAGCUCAAUUGGCGUCCAAUGGGUUGAGCGAAGUCAAACGGCAGCAGGUCUGGACCACGGACAGCUCAUUGUCAUAUGUGGAGGGGCUGCGAAUGUAUAAACGAAACGGCUCCUACUACAUCCUAGCAGUACAUCCCCAAGAUGGGAACAUCAUACUCAAGAGCUCCAGCCCAUUUGGCUCCUACUCCUGGAAAUGGCUUGUCCACAAUGCCGGCACCCUCAUCUCCGGGUUUUCGCAGCCAAAACAGGGCGGCCUCGUAUCUCUUGCUGACGGUCGUUGGUAUCAUAUGGCAUUCAUCGACGGAUACCCUGGCGGACGUAUCCCAGCCCUCGCGCCCGUGACCUGGUCUUCAGAUGGCUGGCCAAGUGUGCAAACCGUCAACGGGGCAUGGGCUAAACAAUAUGCAUACCCUUUGACACCGCGCGCUGUCAAAUCCAUCGUUGGCGUUGACAACUUUUCCACGUUGGGCCCUCAAUACGAAUGGAACCACAAUCCGAAUCCAUCCGCCUGGGCUAUCACCUCUGGUGGCCUUCAGUUGACUACAACCACCGUCACUGAUGACUUUUUCAUGGCACGCAAUACCCUAACGCACCGCAUCCUAGGCCCAUCAUCGACAGCCACAGUCCGUAUCGACUAUUCCCAAAUGGCUGACGGCGACCGCGCUGGCUUGGUUCUGUUUGACUACACUGCGGGUUGGAUUGGUGUCGUACGUAAUGGAAAUACUUUCCAGGUGGUCAUGUGGAACAAUAUCGCUUUGAACACUAACGGGUGGACAUCUGGGAACAAAGGAUCUUCCAUUGCUAGUGCAACUAUUAGCGGUGGGAGUAUCUGGCUCCGUACCACUGUCAACAUUUCUCCAGGCACGCAGCAGGGUACAUUCCAGUACAGUACCGAUGGAACCAAUUUCAAUAACCUUGGUAACGCAGUUACCAUUGUCAACAACCAGGUCUUCUUCAUGGGUUGGCGUUACGGCAUCUUUAACCAUGCAACCAAAUCACUCGGUGGCAAGGUUACUGCACGCAGCUUUGCCAUUAGUGGCACAAUGCUUAACAAUCCUUAG